GCGAUUUGGCCCUCUGCAGCUUCCAUCGUUCCAUGUGGUUGGUCCGGUCACAUUUCCUCAGUCAGGGAAGGUUGUACGAUUGAAACAUGGCUGCCUGCACACGGAGUGCUGCAGAGGUCCUUAGCUCCAUUAGGGCCUUUAGACACAUUCAGCAUCAACAUGGACGUUUUAUCUCAACGUCUCUGACCCACCUUGCUGUGGGGGGAGAUGGUCGACCCCCUAAAUUCACACCGCCACCCAAGCCAGUUAUUAUCGACAAAACACAAUCCGAAGCUCCACCACGACGGUUUCUCAGCCCUGAAUUCAUCGCCCCCCGUUCUCGAACCAGCGGCUUGAAGUUCGUUGUUGAGAGGAAGGAUAUGAUUCAGAGGCGUAAAGCACUCAACAUCCCUGAGUUCUAUGUUGGGAGCAUAUUGGCAGUGACCAUGAAGGACCCGCACACCAGUGGGAAAACGAAUCGCUUUGUGGGUAUAUGCUCGCAGAGAUCAGGCAGUGGGCUAGGAGCCACAUUCAUCCUUAGGAACAUUGUCGAUGGACAAGGUGUAGAGAUCUGCUAUGAGAUGUAUAGUCCGCGCAUCCAAACGAUUGAGGUACUGAAGCUGGAGAAGAGGCUGGAUGAUAACCUCAUGUACCUACGUGAUGCACUCCCAGAACACUGCACCUUCGACUUUGAUCUGAAACCUGUACCCCACAACCCCACUGCAGACGUUCCCAUCAAUACUGUCAAAGUUCGGAUGAAGCCAAAGCCGUGGUCCAAGCGCUGGGAGAGGCCACACUUCAACAUCAAGGGCAUCCGCUUUGACCUGUGCCUGACCCCUGAGCAGAUGGAGCAUGCUCAGAAGUGGGCUCGGCCCUGGCAGGAAUUCGACAUGAUGAAGCACCAUGACACCGCCAAGCUGGAGGAGGCCAUCUUUCAGGAGGUGCAGGCUGAGCUCAGCAAGUGACGCCUUCCCCAGGGGGGGCAGGUGUUGAACUGAUGAAGGGGCUGAACUGCGAGUGCCACAGGAGAGCCUAGCAGGGGAGACAUCAGGACCUUUGACCUUUGGGAAUGAGGAUCGCAAGGGACUUUGUGUAGAAGAGUGAUAGUUAAACUGCUGUAUGCGCCAUCUUCUAUAUGUGGUUGCCGAAGAAACAGACACUCCUUUCAGAAUUAUAAAAGAGGUGACUCCAUCCGAAUGCAUUCAGUAAAAGUUGACUGAUACCCUAAGCCCAAGCAGAUGGAGCGAAAGCAGAGAUGUUUCACUGGUCUGACAGCUACCAAUACCCAACAUUGAAAAAAAUGACCUUUAACUGUCCAGUGAUGCAUAAUAACAUGUUAUGCUUGUAGUGUCUCAUGACCUGAGUUGCUUUCAGUAGCUUCACACUUUGUGGUUGGUUCAGGUUUUGGCAUCAAGUGAGGACUGUGAUGCAUAAAGCACUAUGAGUAUGCAUUGUAUGAGUGGUUAUUGUUGGGCUUUUUACAUGUAAAGUAGACUUACUGUCGCCAUGCUCCCUCUUGACAAAAAUGCUGUUAUUAAAUGACAUAUCAGUCUUUUGAUAACAUUUGCAGGUCAGUGAUUUUCACUAUCAAUUUACUGUUCUGCAUGUUGCUUUCUCAGACUUCUUUGUCCUGAGGUCCACAUCAGACAUGUCUUCAGUCACUCACUAAGGGUAGAUGGGUAGGUUAUUAUUGUAGUCCUAUGCGCCCGUAAAACAUUAUUAAAGAGGUCGUCCAGCUCA